AUGUCAUCUUCAUCGUCAAUUGAAAGCUACAAACCAAGUACUUCUCAUGUUGAGGUGCACGAAGUACAACACCUGCAGACUAAUCAAUCACAUCACUCAUCCAUAUCAAGAAUCCAUACGCAUGGCAAAGGAGAUGAAUUAGUCACCAUUGGAGGACAAACCUACUAUCGUCAUGAAUUAAUGUCCGCAUUUGGUGGUUCAUUAAAUCCAGGAGUUGCACCAUUCCCCAAAUUCAACAUCAAUCCAGCACCACUUGGAUUAUUUUCUUUCGGAGUAGGUUGCUUGAUUAUGGGUUUGUUUAAUGCUCGGGUCAUGGGUAUAACCAUUCCCAAUGUUGCUGUUUCAAUAGCUUGUUUUUACGGUUCAACAGCCCUGAUACUAGCUGGAAUACUUGAAUUCUUCACUGGAAAUACAUUUGCAUUUACACUUUUACUUUCAUAUGGAGGAUUUUGGCUUAGUUACGCUGCUAUAUUCAUUCCACUGUUUGGUAUUGCUGCUGCUUAUGAAGGGACUGACCAAUUACAAAAUGCAGUAGGGUUAUAUCUAUUAGGGUGGACCAUAUGGACUUUUAUCGUUGUCCUGCUUCUUUUGAAAUCAACGGUGGCAUUGCUUCUGAUGUUUGUGUUUUUGGGAUUGACUUAUUUAGUUAUGGCUUGUGCGCUGUUUACUGAAGACAUGGGUGUUUCUCGUGCUGGUGGUGUUAUUGGAAUCAUAACUUCUAUUAUUGCCUUUUAUAAUGCUUUUGCUGGUGUUGCAACACCCUUCAACUCGUACAUUGUUCCUCCUGUUGUUAUCUUGCCAGAAAUGAAGUUUGGAAAAAAGCGGAAGUAG